CCGCCGCGCCCCACCCCAUCCUCGAUUUAACCGCCGCCCCACCCCGCACCGGGAGCUCCUGCUCCAACUCCAAGCCCCCGCUCGCUGCCUCCGUUCAUCGCUGCAGCCUCUCGUCUGCCUCGUCCCCCUCGCGCGAUCCAUGGCUCCCAGGAAGUUCUUCGUCGGCGGCAACUGGAAAUGCAAUGGGACCGGCGAGGACGUGAAGAAGAUCGUCACGGUGCUUAACGAGGCCGAGGUGCCUUCGGAGGACAUCGUCGAGGUGGUGGUGAGCCCGCCGUUCGUGUUCCUGUCGCAGGUGAAGGGGUUGCUCCGGCCCGACUUCUCCGUCGCCGCGCAGAACUGCUGGGUGCGCAAGGGCGGCGCCUUCACUGGUGAGAUCAGUGCCGAGAUGUUGGUGAACCUGCAGGUGCCUUGGGUCAUUCUGGGACACUCUGAGCGGAGAGCGCUGUUGGGCGAAUCAAAUGAUUUUGUUGCCGACAAAGUUGCGUACGCACUUUCCCAAGGCAUCAAGGUAAUUGCUUGCAUUGGUGAGACCCUUGAACAGAGAGAAGCAGGGACGACAAUGGAAGUUGUUGCUGCACAAACUAAAGCUAUUGCCGAGAAGAUAUCCGAUUGGACCAACGUUGUUUUGGCAUAUGAACCAGUUUGGGCCAUUGGAACCGGCAAGGUUGCAACCCCUGCUCAGGCUCAGGAGGUUCAUGAUGGUCUGAGAAAGUGGCUCGCAACUAAUGUUAGCCCUGCAGUUGCUGAAUCCACCAGGAUUAUUUAUGGAGGUUCUGUAAAUGGAGCAAACUGCAAAGAGCUUGCUGCUAAACCCGAUGUUGAUGGAUUCCUUGUUGGAGGAGCUUCAUUGAAGCCUGAAUUUGUGGACAUCAUCAAGUCUGCUACCGUCAAGUCUUCUCCUUAGUGCUUUUGGGUGCAACCAGACCCUAGGAGGAGAUAAUGCUCCGAUCUUAAGUUGUGACAUCUUUGAUCAACUUGCUUUGUUGUUUCGAAUCCUAGUGAACUUUGAUCGUACUAUAGAGCAUGCAACCACAUGUGGUUUCUCCUCUCUCUCUCUCCCCAGAGAGGAUCCGAUGAACUGAAAAUGCCGUGGUGCCGUCAAGGCAUGAACUCUGAAGUCUGUUGAUGAUUUGGUGCUAUAAUAGUUGAACCAAAUACUUCGUGAA